AUGUUCAUCCGGUGUGGCCGUGUGCGCAAGCAGCUGGACUCAUCAUAUGAUGAAGAGUUCCGUAUGCUCGCAAGCAACACCAAGAUCUGCCGGAAUCUUCGCAAUGACAAGGAGGACCCGGUCGGUAUCGAUCGGGUCAAGGCUGCUGUUGCUAGGAGCCGCCUGACUCGCCCCGAGGACAAAAAUGUGCUGAUGCCCUACCCCCUGUCCCUCCAUCCUCACUCGCCCGUGCUCCUUCAAACUCCCUACCCCUUUCUCCAUUCCUCCCCUGCCGUCUGUCGCACCGUCCCACAUACUUCCUCCCUCUUCAACUGUACCUCCUGCUUCUAA